AAAGAGACAGAACAUGUUAUUAAUAACAAAUAUGAUGGCCCACAUCCACUUGACAAGUGCACAUUCUCCAGCAGCGUCGAUCAAGUGAAACGCAUUGCAAAGGGAGCAAAGCCUAAAGUCGGUUCAAAUUCUUAAUAUUCUUGUAUAAUACAAGAAGGGUUACUUCAAUACUGAAGUUGGGUGUUUUUCAAAUUUUAUCAAAGAUUGGAUGAAACAAUAAGUGUAAACCUAUGACGGACAAGUAUAAUGUUGAAGCUGCAGAAAUUCUUGCAAACGAGGCACUGCGGUUGCCAAUUUCAGAAGCAGUGCCUAUGUAUGAGCAACUUCUAUCCACGUUUCCCACAGCGGCAAAAUUCUGGAAGCAAUAUGUUGAGGCACACAUGGCGGUAAAUAAUGAUGAUGCGACGAAGCAAAUAUUUAGUCGCUGCCUCUUAAACUGUCUACAGAUUCCACUUUGGCGCUGUUACAUCCGCUUUAUCAGGAAAGCCAAUGACAAGAGGGGGAAUGAGGGGCAAGAAGAGACAAGAAAAGCUUAUGAUUUCAUGCUUAACUAUGUUGGAGCGGACAUCGCCUCAGGUCCGGUGUGGAUGGAGUACAUUGCAUUUUUAAGGUCUUUGCCUGCUCAAACCACACAAGAAGAAUCACAACGAAUGACUUCUGUGAGGAAAAUCUACCAAAGAGCUAUUGUCACCCCAACACAUCAUGUGGAACAACUUUGGAGGGACUAUGAGAAUUUUGAGAAUUCAAUUAGUCGGGCCUUGGCAAAAGGGCUGCUGUCUGAAUAUCAACCAAAAUAUAACAGUGCAAGGGCUGUAUAUAGAGAAAGGAAGAAGUACAUUGAUGAAAUUGAUUGGAAUAUGCUAGCGAUUCCACCUUCCGGCUCUUCUAAGGAGGAAAUGCAAUGGAUGGCGUGGAAAAAACUUCUAGCCUUUGAGAAAGCAAACCCUCAGCGGAUAGACAGUGCUUCUGCUAAUAAAAGAAUCGUGUUCACAUACGAGCAGUGCCUCAUGUACUUGUAUCAUUAUCCUGACAUAUGGUAUGAAUAUGCCACAUGGCAUGCAAAAGCUGGUUCAGUAGACUCCGCUAUCAAGGUUUUCCAGCGAGCUCUGAAAGCACUUCCUGAUUCCGAAAUGCUGAGAUAUGCUUACGCUGAACUUGAGGAAUCACGUGGAGCCAUUCAGGCUGCUAAAAAAGUAUAUGAAAGUCUUUUGGGGGAUGGAUCCAAUGCCUCUGCGCUGUCACAUAUCCAGUUUAUAAGGUUUUUAAGAAGAAGUGAAGGAGUGGAAGCAUCUCGCAAAUACUUUGUUGAUGCACGCAAAUCCCCAAAUUGCACUUACCAUGUUUAUGUAGCUUAUGCAAUGAUGGCCUUUUGUCUUGACAAGGAUGCAAAGCUGGCGCACAAUGUGUUUGAAGCAGGGUUAAAACGCUUUAUGCAUGAGCCUGGAUACAUCCUUGAAUAUGCAGAUUUCCUUUAUCGUUUGAAUGACGAUAGAAACAUCAGGGCACUAUUUGAACGUGCAUUGAGCUCACUGCCGCCAGAGGAAUCUGUUGAGGUUUGGAAAAAGUUCACUCAAUUUGAGCAAAUGUAUGGAGACCUUGCUAGCAUGUUGAAGGUUGAGCAGAGAAGGAAAGAAGCUCUUUCCAGAGCAGGUGAUGAUGGAACAUCAGAGUUAGAGAGUUCAUUGCAAGAUGUUGUAUCACGCUACAGUUUCAUGGAUCUUUGGCCUUGCUCUUCAAAUGACUUGGAUCAUUUAGCACGCCAAGAGUGGCUCGCGAGGAACAUCAAUAAAAAAACUGACAAACCUACUCUUGGUACUGAGGCAGGUUCUGCAGAUAAGACUUCUUCUGGUGUUUCAUCCAACACAAAUCCGCCUGUCAAGGUAGUGUAUCCAGGUACUUCAAAAAUGACGGUUUAUGACCCGAGGCAAAUGCCAGGUCCUGCUGCGCUUGCAGUUCCAUCUCCUGCAGGCGCCUUGUCCCAUUCUGGUCCAUUUAGCAGCAGUGGACCGCCAAAUUCUCUUAAUGAUAUUUUGAAAUCGUUGCCCCCUGCAUUUGCGGCGUUCGUUGCAAAUUUGCCAGCCGUUGAAGGUCCUUCUCCUGAUGCUGAUUUUGUGAUAUCUGUAUGUUUGCAAAGCAACAUUCCUUUAGCAACUGGAAAAUCCGGAACCACCUCUCUGCCAUCGCAGUCGGGCCCUGCUCAAUCUACAAGUGACCUCUCUGAUUCAAGCAAAUUAAGGUCGAGAGACAGACAGCCUGGAAAGAGGAAAGACAUGACCAGGCAAGAGGAUGAUGAAUCGACAACUAUUCAAAGCCAGCCCCUUCCUAGAGAUGUUUUCAAGAUUCGCCAAUUACAAAAAACCCGUGUUAGUAAUUCGUCUCGAGUUACUAGUUCAUACACUGGAUCAGCAUCAUAUGGAAGUGCUCUUUCCGGAGACCUCUCGGGCAGCACUGGUUGAUAAAUUCGAAACCACUGCCAUUUUGGGUAGCAGAAUAAUUGGGAUGGGGGUUUAAUUUUUGUUUUCCGGAUGUUAAAUUCCCUCGGUUGCAACACUAUAAAGAACAGAUCCCUGUUCAAGAAAGCUAUACAUGCAACGGCAAC